AUGCUUUCACCACAAACACCAAGGAAUAAACGAAGAUUGGUCCUUGGACUCGAUCUGUUGAAAACCCAAGUGCUAGACACUCCACAACUGAGCAGUUGCUUAACAUCAUUAUCAAGGGAUCUACAUAAGACGAGCUUCAAUUCUAUAACAACAAAGACAUCAAACCAAAGACGUUCAACUUCACAGGGGUCAACACGUACUGUCCUGAAAGACAUUACUAAUACAGUACACUCACGUAAAACAAACUUACAGUUACCACCAUCUACGCUCAAUGAAUCGACUAAGGACAUAGACGAAGAUGGUGAUAUAGUCGGAACAGAUUUGUUUGGAGGAAUAGUUGAUAUUGAUGAAGUACAAGUAUUUGACUGUAGUUCUCAAGAGGAUUCAGAUUCAGAAAACGAUGAAACUGACGUUGAUGAUCCUAUGGAUACAGAACCAGAUCAUGUGCUAAACAUUACAACUGACUCAGCACAAAAACAACAACCAGCUCAUGUGUUUGUGAAGUCUUCUAAACCGUCCAUGAACCAUUUUUCUCACUCUGAUGGUAAUGAUUAG